GGAAAACACCGAAGCAGCCAGCAGGAGAACAUAAACACGACGAGUUAACACAAACCCUUCGAUUGCGACGCCUGUAGAUUCUUAGAGGAUUUUAUAAAAUUGAGCAGCGGUGGUCGUCGGAACUUGACGUUUGUUACUCUUCAAAAUGGCGGACAAGGCGAGCUUCGACGCCAAGAUAGCGGAUCUUCAAAAGAAGAUUAGCAUCGAGCAGACGGUGUAUGAAGGGGCAAACAAAAUGUUCAGAAAUCUCACCGACCGAAGCGCCCGCGAACAGUGUGAGAUGAAUGCCCUAGAGUCAAAACGCCGGCUAGAGUUUCUCGAAGGGGAGCUCCGGAAGCUUCACCUUCGUAAAGCCAGCAGUGCGUCUGGUUCAUCGGGUUCCACCGAUGGGUUGUCCGAUGCGAACGGGCACAUCAUUUUCGGAAGCCGCCACAGUUCUCUCGAUGGGGGAAUGGAUACACACCCUCCAGGUGGAUCCGGCACUCCACCUCAGCGCACAUCAUCCGGGCCAAAUCUGUUCGGGAACUUGAUGAACCUGGGUCGUGGACUUUCGGGAUCCACUGUACCCUCCCCUGGUCCUUCGACAUCGGCCACUCCUACUCGCCGGAACUCCGGCGGAGGCUCAGCAACAUCAUUCGAAGGAUCCAAUUCGAAUGGAGUUACGAAAUUCGACUAUCUCAAGUACGGAACGGCAUUGACUACGGAAAAGGUUAAAUAUCGACUCAAAGAAGUGAGGCAUAAGUUGGAUGUGGAGCAGAAGGUUAAGGCGGGGACGGAAAAUAUGGUGAAGGCCAUUGCGGACGCACCCUCUGCAUCUCAAGACCCAACUGUAAUGGGAGAAUUGCUGGAAAAAAUAGCUGAAGCGAACGCGAAGUUGGCCUUUCUGCAGAAAGCGGAGCAUAAAUAUUCUGGAUUAUCCGUUUCUGACGAAGAAGAAGAAGAGGGAUAUCUCGCUGAUGUUCGGCUUCGAAAGACAGGUCGAUUGCGUGCCAGGAUAAUUGGUGCGUCGAACCUUCCUGGUCGACGGUCUAGUAAAGACGAACUGGUUGCAAUUGUACGAGUGGAUGGUACAAUUAAGCAUGAGACCAAGCCCACGCGAACUCAGUGGCAUGAAUUCAUCGACAUACAGGUGGAUAAGGCCCAAGAGGUUGAGAUAGCUGUGUACGACCGAAAUUGGACUUUGCUAGGACUGGUCUGGUUUCGAUUAUGGGAGUUAGAAGAUGACCUGAAAGCCAAAUAUGGUACAGCAUACGAGACCGUGGACGUGGAGGAGACUUGGUUGGAUAUGGAACCUGCCGGCCAACUCCUAGUGCGUCUGAACUUCAUCUCAAUGGGGCGCGCCAAAACAGCUAGGGACCAGGUUUUCCGACGGAACCCAGUUCAGAAGGUCUUUCCUAAAAACGGACAUCGGUUCCUGCCGCAGAGCUUUUACCACGUUAUGCAAUGCGCUCUGUGUAAUGAAUUUCUUGGUAGACAAGGAUAUCAAUGUCAAAAUUGCGCGUACACUGUACAUGCCAAAUGUUAUAAUCGAGUCAUCACCAAAUGUAUCACCAAGGACGACAUCAAAGCAGGCAAGGACUCAAAUACAGGUCAACUCCUGAAGUAUACGAUUCCACAUCGCUGGGAAAAUGUAACCAACCUUGGUGCCGCGUGGUGCACGCACUGUGGAUACAUCCUUCCUCCUGGACGAAAAAUGCAUCGCUGCACUGAAUGUAGUAAAACCAGUCACCGUGAAUGCUCUCCAAUGGUACCACACUUUUGCGGACUAGCACCAGAAAUGGCAGACACAUUGGUGGCUGCAUUCGAAGAGCAUGAAAGAAAAAUGCAUCAAAAAGAAAUGGAAGAGGCGGAGAAAGCGAGACGAGCUGUGAUGGUUAUUGACACCAGCGUCGGCGGGGCGGGUACCUCAUCACCAACGAGCGCGUUGUCUCCUCCUCCGACGGUCAUGGAACAUCCCCAACGUCCCGAGACCCCUGUUAAACCACCCCCUCGAAGCCAAUCCAUUCCACAGUUUGAACAGCCAGCGGUCCCAGCUCCUGGUUCCCAUUUAUCUGCACACCCGCCAAAGCCGCUGCCUCAAAUACCACAGCAAUCUUAUCAGCACCUACCUUUGCCAAGCGCGACUGUGGAAAUCCGACCAGGUGGGAAAAGCCCUAUUGAUGGCCAGUUUCCCCCUCCGCCUCCUUAUAGAGGUGGAGUGCCGUUGCCCAUUCCACCCCGUCCAGAGGGUUCAGCUGGGAGACAACAACCACAACAAGGAGUUGUACCCAGACCAUUACGAUUGCCUGCCACCGAUGUUACACUCAAUGACUUCGACUUUCUGGCUGUUCUUGGCCGCGGCGCUUUUGGCAAAGUUAUGCUGGCCACCGAGAAGGCUACGCAACAGCUGUACGCUAUAAAAGCUCUGAAGAAAGAAUUUAUCAUUCAGAACGAUGACGUGAAGAGCACGAAGCUAGAAAAACGUAUCUUCCAAGCUGCGUCUGCAGCACAUCAUCCAUAUCUGGUCAAUCUCCACUCCUGCUUUCAAACGGAUACCCGGGUAUACUUCGUAAUGGAGUAUGUUAGUGGGGGCGAUUUGAUGGCGCACAUCCAGGAGAAGAAGCGGUUCUCGCAGGCGAGAGCCAAGUUCUACGCGUGCGAAGUUCUAUUGGCUUUGGAGUACUUUCACAAAAACAACAUUAUCUAUCGCGAUCUGAAACUCGAUAAUAUCCUCAUGGCACCAGACGGCCAUAUAAAGGUGGCUGAUUACGGUAUCUGCAAGGAAAAUAUGCCUUACGGACAAACUACACGGACCUUCUGUGGAACGCCCGACUAUAUGGCACCGGAAGUACUCAUGUCCAACCGCUACGGACGAGCCGUUGACUGGUGGAGCUUUGGUGUUUUGAUUUAUGUUAUGCUCGUUGGAAGGUAUCCCUUCCACGGAGAAGAUGAACAGGACGUGCUGGAUGCGAUCUUAAACGAUGCCGUAGAGUAUCCAUCUAAUAUCCCCAGGGAUACCUUAUCACUAUUGCAAGGGCUGAUGAACAAAAAUCCGGCGCGCCGACUAGGGGGUGGACGUUUGGAUGCAGAAGAAGUUAAGAGACAUCCAUAUUUUGCUGGGGUUGAUUGGCAGGCCUUUAUGGAAAGGCGUGUGACCCCUCCUUGGAUACCCACUAUCCGCCAUGCAACGGAUGUGUCAAACUUUGAUCCAGAGUUUACGCGUGAGAAGCCGGUGCUAACACCGAUCAAUUCAGUUUUGAGCGCCGCAGAUCAGAAUGAGUUUAGAGAUUUCACUUAUAUCUCUGACUGGGCUGUUCAAGCGCGGGCAGUGUCUGUGCGAUGAUGAUGGAAGACUAUUUAGUGUAUCCAUACCGAAGGCGCUCUUGGAUAAUUUGGAUGUUUUUUAUACAAUGGAAUUUCAGGGUCUUAAUUUCGCCACGAUACCUCCUGCCAGGUAUUCAAAUUGUGAACCCACUGCACUGUGCAGAAUACACAAAUAUUCCAAGCCAGGUCAUAAUUCAUAAAUGGU